AUGUAGAUUAUUUUGUUCUCUUUUAUCUGUGUUGUGUAUUCGAUAAAGUAUGUACUCAACAAAGAUGAAAUUAAAGUAUUUCAUAAAAAUAUGAUUAGAUUUUGGAGAAUUAUUCAAAAGGGAUUGAAAAAUACGAUAAAUUAUAAGAAAAGCUAUCUGUUUAAGUUGUUGGUUUGAUUGAUAAUGAUGAAGAGAUAAUUCAAAUUACAUCCUUGUUUAUGCCUUUUGAUUCUUAAUAAAGAGUAGAUUUAUUAACGAAAAAAGCAGAUGAAUACAUAGUAUAUACGAUAAAUUAUACAAAAUAAGUAAAAUCCAUAAUUUAUAUUUAGUUAAGUUCAGAAUUUGAUUUCUAAAAAGUUGUAUUAAAAGAUGUAUAAAAUUGUACAUCUAUAACAUAUUUAAAUAAUCAAUAUAUUGUUGAUUGUACUUUUACAUCAAUUCUUUUCUUAUUGUAGAAUGGAACUAGAAUAACAUAUAACAACACUUUAAACAUAUAACUCACCCAGAUAAUUGGGUUUUAUGAGGGAUUAUUAGGGUUAUCUCCAGGAUAUUUAACAUUUUUUAAUGAAUCAUUGUAUUUAGAAAAAUAGAUUGAAGCAAAUUACAUCUAAGUGUUAAAAGAUGAAAAAAAUGUUUAUUUUUUAACUGAACUCUAAGUGAUUUAAUAUACAUAAGAUGGAGGUAUAAUUGAAUAUGAUCAUCGAUGUUAAAAAAAGCCUGAAUUUAUGACAGUAUUAAAUGAUAUAUUUUACAUUCAAUGUGGCACUUUAAGAAAGAUCCAAAAUAAAUUGAUUGAAGUUUUUUCAGAAUAAGUAACUCAACUUUCUGCUACUAAUCAAUAUCUUAUUUUAAAUAAUACUAGUAUUUAUAAUAAAAACUUGGACUCUAAUUAUUUUUUAUCUUAAGGUUAUAUAUAUCCAAUAAACUAUGAUGAUGAUGUGUUACAAAUCGUUAAUAAUUAAAUAUAGAUUGGUUCCAUUCAUGGAUACUACUUAAUUUAAUCUAAUGAAACAACUUAAUUCAAAUUCUCUACAAAUUCUUUCUACAUUGUCGAUUAAGGAUUGUAAGCUUUAAAUUCUGGAGAAUCUGAUUUUUAUGCAAAUUAAUACUAAGUUCUAAAUUAUGUUUCAGGACCUAAUAUAUAAAUUUAGGAAUAAGGAAUUAUAAAUCACCCUAUUUAAUUGAACAUAGAAAAAGAGCUUACAAAUAAAUAAUUGCUUUCAAUACUGAAUAAUUUGGAUUAAUCAAUUUUUUUAAUCUAUUUAUAAGAUUCUAAUUUAUUCUCAUAAACAUGUUAAAUUAAUAAAUUACAAAUUCUAUGUGAAAAAGAAGUAGUUAUAGCACAAAAUGUUCCAUCAGACAUUAAGAAUGUCCAAGGAACUGUAUUUGAAAAUCAAAUUAUUGUGGCUUAUUUAUCAAAAGAUACUUUAUAUAUUUAUAUUGACAACACCCUCCUAUAAUCAAUCAAUAAAGUUACUAACUUUUUCUUGUAAUAAAAUGCUAUAAUCAUCCUUAACUAAACUUAAGUAACUAUAAAUUAUGUCAUUGAUAAUUAAUUUAAAUAAGAAACAAAAGUUGAUCUCAUUUGUACUAUGGUUUCAAUGUUUUUAAAUGAUAUUGCAUUAGUUGAUGAAAAAAAUAAUCUUAUAAUAAUUAGUAACUCUAAUAAUGGUUGGUAUUAAUCAUUCUCAAAAUCCUUUCAAGAUAUAAUUUGUAAUAUUAAUUAUGUUAAUUCUUAAUUGAUUGUUCUGACAAAUGAAUAAGCAGUUAUUUUUGAGAAUAGAAUAUUGAGAGGAUAAUUACUUAUAGAUCCAAUUGAUAAUCUCAAUUAUUUAUAAACUUAAACUCAUCUAUACAUUUAUAAUAGUACAAAGAUUUUUUAAUUUUAAAUCUUUUCUGAAUUUUCCUUAUCAAGUUGGCCUUAAUAAAUAAUUCAAUCAGAAAUUUAAUAAAAUUUUUUAGCAUUAACAUUUUAAGAUUACGAACUAUUGCUUUUAGAUAAUAAUCUAUAUAUUUAUAGUUCAAUUUUAGAAUUUACACCAAAAACAAUUGUUGAAAGGGAUGUUUAUUCUAGAUUUACAUUUAAUGAUAUAAUUUUUAAUAAUUUGUAAAAUAAAUCAGUUACUGUAAAAGUUAAAGUAAUUGGUGAUAUUUUGAAAUUGUAGUCAUUAUAAUUUAAUGAAACAGAUUAUCAAAUAAAUAAUGAUCAAAUAUAAAUUGAUUAAAGUUUAUACUUUGAUGGACCAAUUUCAGAUAUUGAUAGUAAUUCUUAAGAUAAUUUCUAAAUUAUUCAAAGAAUUAAUAAGAUUUAAAAUUAACCAAGUUGGAUGAAAGAUGAUUUACAAGAUCUAAUUUAUAUUGGAGAUGAUUAAAGAAUAGUUUUUUAAAACUCCUCUCUAUUUCUAUUUACUGAUAGUUAAACUUAAUCAAUUUUAAAUAAUAUUAAAGAUUGUCUUAGUUUAGAAUAAGAUCAAUUAUAAUUUUAUUUGGUUUGUAAGAAGUUUAUCUAUUAUGGUUUGAAAUCAAAGCCAGUAGAAAUAAAUAAAGUUGAUUUUGCUUUAAUUUCUGAUUAAAUAAUUAGUAUAAAAUUUGAUCUAGGCCAGAAAGUUGGAAUUAUUAGUGGAUUUGGUUUUGGUACACAAUUUUCUAUUUAUGAAAACUAUAAAUUGAAAGAAGAAAUAUUUAUUGAUGGAUUAAAGGAUUUUUAAUUUAUUGAUAAAAAUAUAAUAUUAUUAACAUCAAAUAAAAUGAUAAUUGUUGAUAAUGAAUUAAAAUUGAUAAAGGAAUAUGAUUUACUGAAUAAUUUAAUAUAGACGGAAUAGAACUUUGCUUUGUAAUUUAUAGAAUUUGAAUAAAUUUGUUAAUAUAAAGAGAAUCAAUAUAUAGUUUCUAGUAGAGAUGGUCCAAUUUAUUUGAUAUUUUUGAAUGAAGAUUACUCAGAGUUAUUGUUACAAUUUACUAAUAUAUAAGAUACAAUAGCAAUAUAAACUUAUUUAAUAGAAUAAUAAAUAUUAGUAUGUAUAUAAAAGAAUGAGAAUAAUGAUUAUUUUGCUGUUUUUUAUGAUUUUGAAGAUAAGUCAAAGUCUUCCUUAAUUAUUCCAUAUUUUAAUGUAAUAAAACUAGGAUCUUCAUUGUCACUCUAUCAUUAUACAAGAUAAUACAAUAAAAAAUAAAUAGUUUUGGUUGAAAAAUCUGGUACAACUUCAGUGUAUGAUAUAAAUGAUUAUGUAAUAUAUUUUAAUAUUGUUUUAGGUCUUAGUAACAAGUAUUUCUUAAAAUAACAAGAUGGUAGAGUUAAUUGCAUAUGAUUUGGAUUUUUAGUCAACAAAAAUAAAUUUAAAAAUAGGUUUGAAUGAAUAAGAGGAAAAUGAAGAAGAUUGGAUGUUAGCAAUAUAUAUAUUAUGUGGAAUAUUGGGAAUUUUAAUAUUGUUGAUAUUGUUCAGAUACAUCAGAAGAUAUUGUUUGACAAAACAUCUGAAAUUUGAAGAAGAGAAACCUUCAGAAUUUAAAAGUGAAUAUAUAUGA